AUGGAUCGAAUACAAUAUCUCACAGAUGACGAGUUAAGAGCUGAGUUAUCAGAAAAGGGAUAUUUCCCACCACCUAUCCAAGAUGAUGUGACUAGGAGAAUAUUGCGCAAAAAGCUGGCACUUUUAAUUGAUCCUUCUCUGGUGAUUGAAGAGCCAGUUCAAGAUCCAGAUUCUUCAGAUAAUAGCGAUACGUCUGAUGCAGCUAAAGAUACAAAUGUUCGUUCGAGAAAUCGUGUCAGGUUUUCUGAACCUCAAGAAACUGUGUACGAAGUUAUUGACAACCACAAACGUGGUUUCUUUUGCACAAGUGGUUACUUUUGCUCCUCCUCAUCAUCAAUGAACAGUUUACAAAUGUUUAGUUUAUCAAAUCUUGAAGAUUAUUAA